GCUGCAGAAGGAGGUCAGGCUGGCACAGAAAGCAGACUACUCAGCACAGCGAGUGGCCAGCCCGCUGCCCUACGACAAGAUCUCGCCCGGGGACAAGACGCUGGCUCAGAGUGCCCAGAUGUACCACUACCAGCACCAAAAGCAGCAGAUGCUCUCUAUGGAGAAGCAUAAAGAGGAGCCCAAGCUGCCAGACUCGGCCUCGUCCGAUGAGGAGAAUGAAGAUGGAGACUUCACCGUGUACGAGUGCCCCGGGCUGGCUCCG